AUGAAUAAAUUUUGGUUGCCAAAUCUCAAAUCAAAUUCGGGACAAGGAAAUAGAAAGAUGACUAAUACAGAUGAAAUAAAUGAAGAAUCUACGUUUGUUUACCAAAUAAGACAACAUAUUCAGGAAAUUUUCGAAUUAAAACAAGAAGAGAUAGAUAAAAUCCAAAGAUACUUAGAAAAUAUGUAUAAAUGCAUGUCAUGGAUAGAUAAUUUACCAGAAGAUUUACUAAUAAAGUAUCCUAUCAUCAAUAAAUUAAUGGAAAUAGCGUCAAUUGAAAUUCCUUACAUCCAGAAGCUUUCCUUAGAAAAUAUAUAUAAAAUUCUUAAAAGCACAGGGAUUGGGCUUCAACAAUUUUCAGAAACAGAUUAUGUAGGCUUUAUUAACUAUUUCAUGAGCAACAACAAUAUUACAGUAUACAGACAGAUAUCUCUAAUAUUGCUUAUGACCUUAUCUGAUGAAAAUAUGAGAAAAACACUAAUAGAAAAUAAUUUUAUUGCAAAUUUAAUAAAUUUUGCCGAUAACAAACUCGAUACGAAUACUCUCAAAGAUAAUGAGUUCUCGUGUCGAUGUCUUGUAGCCCUAACUCAAUUGUUUGAUGACUUAGAAGACGAAAUUUUUAAUGAAUACUUUGAUCAAAUCGUUCAAAUCAUUACUAAAUUGUUCAACAUUGAUUUCCCAGAAAUAGAACCAUUUAAUAGAUUCCUUUUAAGCGUAAUUUCCAGAAAACAAGAAGAUAUCUUGUUUAAUACUGACAUUUUUAGAAUUCUAAUUGAAUAUUUUAGUAAUAAUUCAACAGUCUGCAAUCGUGUUAUACUAUCUUGUAGUUGUCUUUCAGCUCUUGUUCAAGGAAAUAUUAUUAUUCCACAGAAGUACAUUGAUAUAUUCGAUCCAAGGAUAUUUAUUGACUCCUUAUCCCAUUUCUACAGGAAUCGCGAUGCUCCGAUUUAUAUUUAUAGUUUUUUAAAUAGUUUCAUCGCAAAAAUUCCUAAAUUAGUCAUGGAUGAGUUCCUUAAUGAAAAAGUAAUAGCUAUUGUUUCAAAUAACUACGAAAAUAUGAAUGCUGAAACAAAAUUGGAAAUGUUGACAUUUUUGUGGGCAGUUGUCCGUUUUAUGCCAAUUAACGAUAAGAUUCAGAUAUUAGAUAUACCUGUAUUUGAAUUAAUGCUUGAGAUCCUUCAAUUUGAUUCAGAAAGGGUCGCAUUAGUGAUGAGUACUCAUAUUUCAUAUUUUGUUGAUCAUGUCAAGCGGAAUUUUAAUGUAGAUGAGUCAGCAGGAUUUACAAAAUUGAUAGAAGCAUUAGAAUAUUGCUUAGAUUCGCCAAUUGAAACAAUUCAACGAGAAGCUGAAACUUUACUGACAUUUUGCACAGCCAAUAUUCAAAAUGAUGAUUGA